GAAGGGGCCAACCGGAUCCGGUGCUGUUGUGAUCCGUUGCUAACCUAAUGGCGGUCCACUGUGUGGCUGCUGAAUGAAUGACAUCAUGCUGGUUUAUUUCGGUCUCCAUCUGAGACGUGACACCGUCAGACACUAACGGUCGGACGUGUGUUCACCACCUGCCGGUGCACCCGCGACGGCGGAUUUGCGGAUUCACCACUCCGCUAGCAAGCUAACGUUAGCCUCAGAGCGCGCGAAUAGCUAGGUAGCUAACCGCUAACGAUGCUAGAGACGGUGUGACGGAUUGACCUGUUACGCGGUGGUCGAAUGGACGCUGAAGAGUAAUGCAGCAGAAGGUGUGCUCCAGAGGAUCCGGCUCCUUCCUCUCGGAGGGCAACGCCGCCGCCGCCGCCUCCUGCGACCUCCCCUUCCGCUGCCCCCGCUGCGGCGAGGCGGAGCGCUUCCGCAGCCUGGCCUCGCUCCGCGCCCACCUGGAGUGCCGCCACUCCUACCGCUCGCCGGACGUGACCCCCAGCAGCGACUUCAGCAUCACCGGCAAGCUCCCCGACCCGCUGACGGCGGCCAUCCCCUGGCGGGACGGCAGCCUGCCGGCCCGGAGGGGGCCGCAGGGCGCGUGGCGCCCGCCCACCGUGCGCUCCCUCAGCGACAGCAGGGACAGCGGGUGCCCCCACUCCUACGGCUCGGCGAGGAGGCGCACCCAGAGCGUCGGCGUGGGGACGCAGGCCGAGGAGGACGAGGACGAGGAGGAGGUGGACGACGAUGACGAAGAAGAGUUUGGGUCAGAAGAUGAAGAGGAGGAGGAGGAGGACGAAAGGGAGGAGAGAGACGGACGUAGAAAUGAGGAGGAAAUAAGAACGUCCUCCAAGAAGUCAGACGCCUGCAAUCAUCACCUCAACCACCGCCGCCUCCCGCCCCCCCCCUCGGCUCCUCUCGGCCGCCCGCCGGACCUGGACGUGGACCUGGACCUGGUCGAGCAGAGCUCGUUCCCCGGCCUCCAGGCGGCGGCGGCGCGGCGGCGGCUGGCCCGCGUCCUGCGGGCGGCCGACGGCGCCAUGCAGCGACGGCUGGCCGCCGUGAGCACGGAGCUGGCCCAGACCGACGAGGAGCUCCUGUGCGAGCGCGCCCACUCGCGGCACCUGGCGCAGGAGCGGCAGGAGGUGGCGGACCGGGAGAGGCAGCUGAGCCGGCAGGUGGACGUGGCCGUCGUGGUGAUCGCCGCGCUGAGGGAGCAGCUCAACGCCUCGGAGAACGAGCUGGAGCGCCGCGAGAGGGAGGUGAUAACCAUCCAGAAGUUUUUGGAGGCGGCGGCCCGGCAGGAGACGAGCGGGAAGGUCCGCAUCCAGCACUUCAUCGAGGAUCUGCUGAGACGCAUCGCUCUGGCCGAGGAGCUGGUGGAGUUCUACCAGGUCAACGGCAGCCCGCAGCAGUGCAGCCACUACAAGUACCAGCAGCCAACAGAUAAUGGACCUCAGAGGAUCACUAAAAGCAGGUCGUCGGGAGGUCAGCUCUCCUCCUCCUCCGGUCUCCACGACAACAGGAGCCGCUCCUCCUCGCAGUUCGGCGGCCGUCCUCCGUCCUGCAAGGCGGGCGGCGGCGGCGAGCGGGAGCGCCGCGAGCGCCUGGCCCAGUCGUCCAGGCUGUUCUGCCGACCCGAACACAGGGACGACAUCUGGAACCACCAGCGGCGCCGGUCGGCCGGGUACGAGGCGUAGAACUCAAGAAUCACA